UUAGUUUCAGCAGUUCAGCGCCAUGGAGUCUCCAGCUCGUGAGCUGCGCAUGCGCGGCAGCCCCACGCGACGGGAGGCCGAAGAGAGUGGAUGUGCAACGGACAAGGUGGUCAAGGUUGCAACCACCUCGACACGCCGGUUGAUGAAGAUCAGCAGCCUCACUCUGUUCGCCUUGGUCUUUCUGUUGGCCUUCUUGGGAUGGCCCUCGGUGGUCAUCGAAGACGCCGAAAUCCAUCGGAGCAUUUUGGGCGUCCUUUUCUUGACGGGCAUCGUCUUGGUCGCCUUGGAGGACGUGGUGCGGCUGGACAAGUCUGCCAUCAUGUUGAUCCUAGCAUCGGUGAUGUGGACCUACCAUGGGGCUGUGGAACACCCCACCAAGUCGCAAGAAGGUCACGAGCACCUGACGCACGAGUUAGGCAAGGGCUUGGUGGACGUUGGCAGUGUGAUUUUGUUUCUGCUUCCUGCAAUGGCUUUGGUGGAAUCGGUGGAUCACCUCGGAGGUUUCUCAGGCAUCACCAGCUACUUGGUCAAGCGCACCAAGGACCACCCAGGCCGUUUGAUGCCGAUGAUCUGCUUCCUGGCCUUCUUUCUGAGUUCCCUGAUCGACAACCUCACAGCCACCAUUGUUUGUGUGAAGAUCCUUCAGCGAGUCGUGCCUCACCGCCAGCAAUGGCGCCACGCGUGUGGCGGUCUGGUGGUCGUGCCCGCCAAUGCGGGCGGCGCCUGGAGUCCCAUCGGGGACGUGACCACCACCAUGCUGUGGAUCCAGCACAAGGUCAGCACCUUCGGUCUCAUCCAGUGGCUCUUUUUGCCCAGCUUCGUGGCAGCCUUGGUGCCCUUGCUGGGCAUCUGGUGGCAGGCUAGCCGUCAGGAGGCUGAAGAGCAUUCAAAGCAAGAGGAGGUGGCCAUUGCCAGCAGCAAAUCAGCAUCUUUGGUCUUGUUCGUGGGCAUGCUGUGCAUCCUGGCCGUUCCCACGGUGAAGAUGGUCACGGGCCUGCCGCCCUACCUGGGAAUGAUGAUGGCGUUGGGCAUUUUUUGGCUCGUCACGGAACUGGCGCUGGAAGAGGAAGCCACUGAAGGUCAUGGGAAGAGCGGUGUGCCUGCAGCUUUGCACAAGGUCGACCUCAGCAGUUUGCUGUUCUUCGUGGGAGUUCUGAUGGCUGUCUCGACUUUGGACUCUGCCGGGGUCUUGGAGCGCUAUGCCCGCUUCAUGCAGACGGUGACCGGCGGCAACGCCACGACCCUUGCGGCGUUGCUGGGUGUUUCCUCCGCGGUGGUGGACAAUGUGCCUUUGGUGCAGGCCUCCAUUGAGAUGUUCGAUGAGCCCAUGGACGCCCCGCUGUGGCAACUGGUGGCCCUCGCCGCGGGCACUGGGGGAUCCAUGUUAGCGGUGGGAAGCGUGGCAGGUGUGACCCUUAUGGGCUUGGAGGGCGUUGGAUUCCUAUGGUACACCAAAAACAUCAGCCCUUGGGCACUGCUGGGCUUUGCCUUGGCCCUGGGAACCUAUCAGUUGCAGCGCAUGGUGAUGGUGGAUGGGAACUGACCGUUCGGAACGGUGACGAAAUACACAAAGGGUUUAGGUUUACUGUAGAGCAGCCAAGCACAAAAAAGGACACUUAAAAUCUUGC